AGCCGCAGUCGCGCCCUCUCGCUGCCUGGCGAAGGCGCGGAGGCGAGCGCGGAGGAGGAGAGCAGCCGCCGGCGCCGCUGCCGCCGUCAGGGCAUCAGGAUGGCCGUGGGCUCUGUCAAGAUGCAGCCACCGUGCGAGAGCCCGGCGCUGGCCUCGGCGGCCCUGGCCGACGGACCCCUGCGCCGCAGCCCGAGCGCCCGGGAGCCCGAGCGCGAGCCGCCCGCCGCGUCUCUGCGGCCGCGCCUGAAGGACCUGCCUGCGCUGCUGCGGAGCGGGCUCACGUUGCGGAGGAAGCGGAGCGCCGCCGGGGCCCGGACUCUCUCAAGAAGAAUUUCCAAUCCAUACCUUGAACACAGUCCUUCCCAGAUUUAUGGAGAGAAUUCUUCUUGUGCAGGAAGAGCAUUAAGGAAUAUUAUCAUUCAAGCAGCUGACCUGGUAAAGGACAGAGUGAACCUCAAGGGGUUUUACAGGAGAAGCUGCGUGGGGUCAGAGCUGGUCGACUGGCUUCUGGAACACUGUCCUUUUGUCCAGUGUCGCUCUAUGGCCAUUGGGGUCUGGCAGCUCCUACUGGAUAUGGGAAUUAUGUCAUCAGUGGACCAGCAUCUGUACUUCCAAGAUAAUUACGUUUUCUACCAGUUUUCUUCGGAUGAAUGUAGCUACUUGUACUGUGAGUUUGAAAGAGAGGAAGAGUGGCAGAACGGAGUGAAACUCUUGCUGCAGCUGGUGCAUCUCAUUCCUGCCAGAGCCGGCAUCUGUGACUUGUCUCAUCAGAGAGUGGAGGACUCAGAAGAAAGCAGCGAUGAGAUUCUUGCUCGGCUGACGUCUGCGGUGCAGAGAGAGCUAGCGGCCGUCAUUGCGCUGAAAGCAAGAAAAUCUGCAAUCGAACAAGACGAUGACAACACUGACAAGCACAUAACCGUGACAGAGGCUAAUGAUGUUCCCGAUCCUCAGGCUGGAGUGAUGUGCAAGCUUCAAGAGAGAGAUGAUAUCGGGUGUAUCGAGCUGGUCCAGAAGCUAGCAAGAGAAAACUGUCAGUUUUUACAGGCAGAUAAAAAGGAGCCAGAGAAGUAUGAACAGGAUGAUGAAGAGACGGUGGUUCAGGUUAAAGAGCAAGGCCAGAGUGUGCUGGUGCUGAAGAAAGUAGCGAGCAGUGGCCCAGCCCCCACGACGACGGGGAGCGUGGAGAGCGAUGCGAGAUACGUGGUGGUGUCUGGGACCCCGGAGAAGAUCUUGGAGCACCUUUUGAAUGACUUGCACCUGGCAGAGGUCCAGCACAAAGAAACAGAGACGCUCCUCGAUGACUUCCUCCUCACAUACACCGUGUUCAUGACGACUGAUGACCUGUGCCAGGCGCUGUUAAGGCACUAUUCUGCUAAGAAGUAUCGAGGGGAAGAAGAAAACUCGGAUGUCCCUUGCCGGAAGCGCAAGGUCUUACAUCUGGUUUCACAGUGGAUUGCUCUGUACAAAGACUGGCUGCAUGAAGAUGAGCAUUCAAAAAUGUUUCUAAAGACCAUAUACAGGAAUGUGCUGGAUGACGUCUACGAAUACCCAAUUCUUGAGAAAGAACUGAAAGAGUUUCAGAAGAUACUUGGAAUGCAUCGACGUCACACUGUUGAUGAAUACUCACCGCAGAGGAAGAAUAAAGCCCUUUUCCACCAAUUUAGUCUUAAGGAGAACUGGUCCCAGCACAGAGGAACGGUGGCCGAAACAGAGGAAAUUUUUUGCCACGUGUAUGUAACGGAGCACUCCUAUAUCAGCGUGAAGGCAAAAGUUUCCAGUACAGCCCAGGAGAUCCUGAAGGUCGUGGCUGAGAAGUUGCAGCGUGCAGAGGAUGACCUGGCCCUGGUGGCCAUCAUGUUCUCUGGAGAAAAGCAUGAAUUUCAGCCAAAUGACUUGGCCAUUUCCAAAUCCCUGGAGGCGUCGGGUCGAAUAUUUGUCUACCGGAAAGAUCUAGCUGAUACUUUGAACCCCUUUGCGGACCACGAGGAAUCGCAGCAGCAGAGGCCCGUGAGGAUUUUGGGGAUGAACACCUGGGACCUGGCCCUGGAGCUAAUGAGUUUUGAUUGGAGUGUGUUUAACUCCAUCCAUGAGCAAGAGCUCAUCUACUUCACCUUCAGCAGACAGGGAAGUGGGGAGCACACUGUCAACCUCAGCCUUCUGCUCCAGAGGUGUAACGAGGUCCAGCUCUGGGUGGCCACGGAGAUCCUGCUCUGCAGCCAGCUGGGCAAGCGCGUGCAGCUGGUGAAGAAAUUCAUCAAGAUUGCUGCUCACUGCAAAGCCCAGCAGAACCUGAACUCUUUCUUUGCUAUCGUGAUGGGUCUCAACACUGCCUCCGUGAGUCGGCUGUCACAGACCUGGGAGAAAAUUCCUGGGAAGUUUAAGAAACUUUUCUCUGAACUUGAAAGCUUAACGGAUCCUUCCCUAAACCACAAAGCCUACAGGGAUGCAUUCAAAAAGAUGAAGCCGCCAAAAAUCCCGUUCAUGCCCCUAUUGCUCAAAGAUGUAACAUUUAUUCAUGAAGGAAAUAAAACGUUCCUGGAUAAUCUCGUCAAUUUUGAAAAGCUGCACAUGAUCGCAGACACCGUCCGAACCCUGAGGCACUGCAGAACUAACCAGUUUGGAAGCGACAUGUCUCCAAAGGAGCAGCAAGAGCUGAGGUCCUAUGUCAGCCACCUGUACGUCAUCGACAGCCAGCAGGCCCUGUUCGAGCUCUCUCACAGGCUGGAGCCCCGGGCGUGAGCCGUGCCGAUCUGUCCUGGGACUGAGAGUGAAGGGAAGGUCUCCACGUCAGCAAGGGUUGCUCCCUGUGAGGAAAAGAGGUUGUUGAGUUUUAUCAGCACAGCCAGGUGCAGGAAAGCCAGCCCAAAGCAAGCUUGGGAAGUGGUGUCAGCCACCUGAGGCAGGGGAAUGCCCCUCUCCUGCCCACCUCUGCUGUCAGUGAGAAGAUGGGAAGAGCCAGAGCAUCCUGGGAGUAGGGUCUCUCUCGUGAUGGUGAUUUCAGUCUGGUCCGAGUCUCUGCUUGCGGUGUGACCGCAUUAAGAGAAGACACGCCUGGAUGUACAGCAGCCAGUUUUUUUUUGUUUGUUUGUUUUAUUUCGUCUUUUCAGUAAGAUUGUGCAGGAAGGACCACCACUCUGCCUGCCUCACCUUGCUGCCUAUGGGCCACAAAGAGAUGGAGAAUGCCUGAAGACAGUGAGAGCAUCUCCAGAUGGCCCGGGCCUGGGAGAGGCCUCUACAGCUAGAAACUGGGCAUCACCCUGGCAGGCGCGUCCUGCUGUGCAACUAAGAGAUGCCUUGCACACUCUCCUUUGCAUCCACAAUCACUUACCGACACAAGCACAGAUGCAACUAGUUUCUAUACCACUGAUGCACUCCCGAAGGCAAGGCAGACUGAGUUUCUCAUCCAAUGAGGAGCGUGGCAUCAUUCAAUUCCUGGGAACUGACCUCACAUUUUUUUGUUGUUGUUGCUGCUGCCGUUAUCGAGCGCAACAUGAUUUUUGGGAAAAACCACGGGGCCAAGAUCGUGGGUGCUCGGUGUCCACUUACUGGGGUCACGGAGCUGUGCCUGAUGCAGCCUUGGUGUCUGGCACAAACUCCACCAGGUUCCCUGCCCUCAGAAUUCAGAAUGUCCAUCGGUGGGGGGAGGGAGAGCAAAGCUGAACACAUAGAGCUUAGCGGUUGGGCUUAACGGUCUCUCGGCAAUUGAGAGGAAUCCAGAAAUGCCUAAGAUCUGACGGAGUUGGAGAGUCGUCGGGAGCCCCGUAGUCCACUUCCCAAGCAAAGCCAGAGUCUUUCUGCAAUUUGCCUUUUUCCUUUCAUUCUUUGUUUUAUACAAAUCGGGCCUCGUGUACCAAAUAAGACCUCUUGGGGAUCCUCAAGGACUGGCGAGAGAUUUUCCUGAUCCCUUGAGUAAGCAAAGAGCUUGUGGCCAGACCUGCCUGCCCUCCCCGUAGCUGUUCACUUCAGUGCGCAAGUUCCCGUCUGAUGUAUUAGACCCCUGUAUUCCCAGCCGUGGGUAUGGGUGUGUUCCUCACACCCCUGAAGGGGCUGGCUGGCGAGCACCAACACAGACCGGCUUACGGCUCUCUUCAGCACUUCGAGAACUCUCACGACUCAGGUCUAAGGUCUGCCGAUUUCUCUCUUGACUCCUUUGACAGCUGUGCUGUUUCCUGGUCUUGGGGCCACGGUGAGCCUGAGAGACCUCUAGGAGGAACCAUAUGGGGGAAAAAAUUAGGGGGGUAGAGCUUUCAAAGAGAUCCUAUCUGGUCCGGUGCAUAAAUUUUCAGCCCCGGAAGCUUACAGGGUGCCGUAGAAAACACUGUGGCUCACUGAGGACUGUGAGAGCCAGUAGUUGAGACCAGGGUCGGGGGGACGAAAAGCAGGCUUUCUUGAUGAGUCCCCGUGCACAAGCACUCACAAAACCCUUGGCAGUGUCUGAGAGAGCAACACAGACUCACAACAGCACAAACACUCGUGUCUUCCCUCCAAGCUAGCCACCGGGAAUUGGGCUGGUCGAAACCACACUGGGCCGUUUGAUACCGUCCUACGCUCUGACUUGAUGUUUUGACAUCAGCUCCAAAGCGGAACCUUUACCUUUAGAACUCACUGCAGCUAGAGAUCCGUUUUGGUGGAACACACGCCUGUCAAGGCCCCAGCUCAGCUGGGCUUACGCAAGCCAGCCAAGCCAGCCAGCCUUGCCUGCCUCUGUGCCGGGCACACUUAGAAAACCCUGCAGGAGAUGAAUGGGAACAGGCCAGGAGAGCCUGGGUGAGGCUGCUCUUCCCCCAAGCGAAAGCCAGGUGCAAUUUGUUUCUCCCCUUUCUGUCUCCCGGAUAUCUAAAAAAAAAAAUCUCUGAAUCUUCUUCAGCCUUAAUGCCUGCUUCUAGGGCUCUCUCAGGCAGCCGACUUAGGGACCUCAGGAGCUUCGCAGAAGAACCUUAAAUCCGAAUGAAUGAAUGAAUGAAAGUUCCGGAAUUGUCACAGACCCUGUGUGUCCUGCAGGGAACUCUUACUAAGGCAGCUGAGCACUGUGGAAGUGUGCAGAGGGAUCCGCAGCACCCCCCAUGCCCGGGAUGACCCGGUUCCUUCUCCACAGCCUUCCUCGGGGCCUCCCCAGAAUCAGUAUUGCUGCAGGUGGACCAGGAGACGUCCAGGGUCUCUAUUCCAACUCCCCCUUGCGUUCUCAUGACGACAUAGAUCUCCAACCCCCUACCUCCUUAAGCACUGUAUAAUUGGGGUCUUCCCCAGUUGAGUGAUGUCUAGACCUGUUUUUAAGAGCACAGCCCUCUAGGGGGCGCCUGUGGGUUCUUGGAUCCCGUUCCUGCAAAAGCAGCCCCAUGAGCCAGUUAGCUCAGGAGGCGGGAGGCACAAGAGUUCAUCUAGGGAAAGUCGCCGGCUUCCCAAAUGUUUUAAAGGAAUUUGCACGCACAUUUGCAGACGCUCCAUAGCCUGCAGGUUUGAGACCCACUUGCAGUCUACGUAGUUGCCAAACGGUUAGAGUAGCACACAGUAUAGCCCACAUUCACUGGUUUUUUUUUUUUUAUAGUCUCCUUAAUUGCGUUGGGAAUAAAUUCCUUCUCCUGCUCCAGUGUCUACAAGCAAGUAGCUUGGCACAUACCCUGCAGUUAAAAGGCAUGAGACUAAAACCCCACACAUAGUUUGCAGGGAGGAAUCUCCUAGUUGCACACUCACUCACCUGGGUGAAGGGUAAGUGGUAAAGACAGGUGGUUGAUUGGGUAGACUUCUGGGCCUGGAGCUGGCUAACCCUUGGCGCUGCCUAAGUCCCAGCCCCGUGGUUUUGCCACAGGCAGGACAUGCACCAUCAGUCCUGCACUAAAUGGCCCCACCCACCCAAGCUUUUCAGAAUUACGCAAAAAAGAAAAAAAUCAAUGCUGUUUGGAAGACAAGAGCCACGGCAGCUGUCCAGCAUAGGAUUUCUUCUCAACUUCAAAGACGUGUCCUUGAAAUUUCAGCCUGCUCAUGCCUGAGUGGGCCGGUUUUGCUCUAGAGAAAACGCAUUUUGAAGAAAAAUAAAAUUGCCAAAAAAAAAAAGUCAGAUGAAAUGUUACUACUGUAUAAAGCAAAGCUGUAUAUAUACUAAGCAUUUUUAGCAGAGUAAUAUUUAUUUGCAUAGCCUAUUUAUUGUACUAGUAUUACACUGUUGUUAAAUACCAGGCUGAAAUCAAUGACCAGAAGCAAGGACUCUUCUUGCCUUUGGGUGUCCCGUUGCUUAGGACUGCUGUGACAUUGUCAGCUUGCGAUAACAAUUAGAAGAUAGAAAGCCCACGAUCCGGGCGUCUACCUAACUUCUCAGGGACUACACCUCGUAGUUUUCCACCGUUCUAAGAAGCGCUGGUAAAUAUGAAGCGUUUGUUGAGUUACCAGACUGCCAUUGAUAGUGUUUGCUUUCUCACGGUUCACGCUCUCUGCCUCUGUGUAUAUGACUGUGCUGUGUAUUUAUCAAAGUAGGAAGCAAUAAUUUAUAUGUAAAAAAAAUGGCCAAGCAAUAUAAGGUUAAAACUUACAUAAGUAACCAUUACCUUAUCUUGUAUUUUCAAGUGUUUCUUUUUUAACCUGCUUUUCCAAAUAUAAGACUAUGUUAAACAUCA